AUGAUAGUUAAAUAUUUCUUUUUAUUUCUAUGUAUCUUUAUAUGUAUAAAAACAGAUUUAACAAAUGGACAAACAAAACCUAUUCUAAAACAAAUAACAGAUUUACAACCACACGUCACCAAUACAGAUGAUAAAACAUGUUUGAUUCCAUUCUCAGCAAUGUUUUUAGCACCGGUUCUACUAGAUCCAGGCGAUUUCAUUUUCAACGACACAGCCAUCACAUUUGGAAAUGCAACUAUAAUUUCCAACAAUCUUUUAACUAAUCAAGUAAUUUCAUUUCUUGUCAAAAUCAAAUCGAACAGUUCUACCACCCAAUUUAAUUUAUAUUUUGAAAAAGCUGGUCUUACUUCAGCUUUGUAUCCAAUCAUUAAUAUCACUUGUAAUUACAUUUCCGAUUUUAACUUUAGAUCUAUCUCUAAUGCUUCAUCUAUAAUCGAUCAGAAAGGAUAUCUUAAAUACUAUGUUGAAGUUGAAACUCUUCCUCGUGGAAUUGUUUAUGGUCAAUUCGAUAAUUUUGUAAGCUGCACUACCCCCUACAGAGUUUGCUCAAUUGGUUCGGUCGUUGGAAACGGAAAUCUCUUUUCUUUAACGAUUAGUAAUUUUCCAGUUAGCCAGAAUGCAGGUGGUGUAACGAUGAGUGCCAAUAUUAAAUUUUAUACUGAUCAAACUGCACACAUCUAUUCAUUUGACAAUCUCUUCAGACGGCCAUACGAUUUCAUUAGCAGUUCAUUGGCUUCAUAUCCACGAAACAAUACUGCAGCAACAAUGAAAACAUAUACUCAACAAAAUAACCUAAGAAAGGUGAUCCUAAUCUAUGCAGCUGAGAAAGUGGAAAUAGCUUAUCCUACCUACUUUAACACACCAUACCAAGCAUUCCGAAGAAUUAGAUCCUACUAUUCUACAGACUCUAAUAAGAACAUAGCUAUAUUAAUGGUAAUUAGUGAUUCAGCUCCAUCAAGUGGAUACUUGGUUACCGAAGCUACUUUUUCCAAGUUGUACCUUGACUACGUGCAAUCACCAAUUUUACUACCGGUGGAACCGAUUUCAUGUACUAUUGAACCAGCACUACUGACAUAUAAUGUAACUCAAACAGUUGUAGAUAAAUGGGAUUUCUCAUUUUCAAUGCAGAAUCAAUAUUAUACUAUUCAAUAUAAAUGGCCAUCUUUAAUCUAUCCAAUAUUUUCAGACAACAGAGGUGCAUUUAAUUAUAGAGUUUCAGUUCCUAGACCGGUUGAUUUCUCCGGAACAGUCACAGGAAAGCUUACUUCUUCUAAUUCCUACGACUCUUUUAUAUUAUCAAACAAAUUUAUCAAAGUUUCACCAACAACACAGUUACUUCGUAUUAAUAUAACCACAUUCUAUCCAUUGGUGGUAGUUUACAUCGGUGAGGUUAUCAAUCCAAAGUUGAUUUCAGGUGACAGAAAGAAAGGAGUGUUUGAAAUGGAAGUUCAAACAAAAUAUUUACAAUUCGGAUAUCAAAUGGUAUUCACCGAUAGUUCUGGAUUUAAUUCAGUGUUAUACUAUUCUCAAGCAUACAACUCUGAUUUCUCAGUGUUACCAUCCGAGUUAAAGUUUGAUAAAAAUGAAACAUUUGAUUUAACUACCAUUCAAACUAUUAAUUUUACCAACACAAUCAUGAAUUUCAAUUUUAGUUAUUUACCAAUCAAUAAUUCAGUGGUGUUUUCAACAACCCAACAAAAUCCAAAUUUAAUUCCAACAAUCGAUUUUGGAGGUUCAUAUUUUUUCAAUGGAUUCUAUGAUCAAAGUAUUCAACUUUAUUCUAUUAAUUUCACAAUCCCGCCAUUGGUUAUUUAUUUAGAUUUACCCUAUACUCUUGGAUUAUCAGGAUUUUCAAUACAAUCAAGUGAUUUAAGAACAAAGUUUGGUGAAUUGGCAAACUUAAAAGUAUCUAGUUCAACAAAUGAUACAAUGAAACCAACUUUGAUUAAUUUACAAGCGGGUCCAGCUAUCAAGUUAUAUGGAUAUUUAAAUUGGAAUCUAUCCAUUGAGGAUACCCAAAAUGGAUUCUUAUAUGGAACAGUUGAUAUCAUAUCAAAUAAGAACCCCAAGCCAAUAUCAAUUACUUUCACCAACUCUAGUUUAGUUUCAGGAAACAAUUUCUAUGGUGUUUACCAAAUUAAUUACCAAUACAAUACUUCAAGUUGCUGUGAGCAGACCUUCAGACUUGCCAAUCUUCGCCUAUAUGACCGGUCUAAUAUCAAUACCUAUGAAAUUCCCGAUCAAUUAAUAGAAAUAUAUGAUAGUGAUGAAUAUCAGCUUGAAAUCAAAGCUACAUGUCAAACCGUUCUUAUCGAUGACACUCCACCAUUUAUUUCAAGUUUUUCAGUUCAACCAAGAAGUAUUGAUGUUGGGUCACUCAAUCGAAAUGUUAGUUUCCAAAUAUCGGUUAGUGAUGGCGAAGUUUCUCUUUCCACAGGACUAUCGAUUAGUAAUACACCAGUCAUUGUUUUAUCUUCUGAAUACAGCAAUCCAAUCUAUAUAGAAACACAACUAUCAAACAAUGUUAACAAAACAUUUGCUGUAUUUUCUGGAAGUGUCCAAAUACCAUUUGGAUAUGGUUUCGACAAUAUUUUUAUUUCAGUUUAUGGAUUGGUUGACAAUAAUUUCAAUAUCAAUGGAUAUGUGACCGAUGACUUGAAACAAUCAAAUUUCAUUUACAACAUCAGUAGAUAUUUUACCACCAAUCAACCAUAUAUUCAAUCAGCAAGCAAUAUUUCAAAUUCAGGUGGAUCAAUAACACUUUAUGGAAAUUCAUUUGGUUUAGAUUCCAAACAAUUCCAAACAUUGAUCAAAUAUGGUGAUGAUGGUGAAUGGCAAUAUAUUCAAUUCGAUUUCUUCUCUGGAUCUAUUAUACAAUUGAACAAUAGAAUCCCAUCAUUAAAUGAUAUUCCAUAUUUUUAUAUGCAAGUUCAAGUUGAUAUGACUCAAUCAAAUAUCAUCAAGAUCUUUCCUAAUGGAUCGAGUAUGAUAUUACCAGAUAUAACACCCACACCUACACCAACCGUAACACAAACUCCACCAGUAACAUCAACACCAAAACCGUCAGAUACAGUUUGUCCAAACAAUUGUAGUAAUAGAGGACAAUGUCUUGAGAGUGGAUGUGUUUGUCAGAAACCAUGGACAGGACCAUCAUGUAAUUCUGAAAUUAUUAUCAUUCCAACACCUACUCCACAACCAGAUCCAUCGACAGGUAUCAAUAUUACAGACAGUACAAUCUUUUCAAGUAUUAAAAUUGGAGAGAUCAGAGAAUUGGAUGAUACAAUGAAUAUUGUCAAGAGAAACAAUGUCGAUAGUUGGGAUUUCACAGAUCUAACAACAAAAACAUCAAACCCAACUUACUUUUAUACUGGAAUAUUACCAGGAACAACAACAACAAUCAAUGUCACAAUCGAAUUCUUUAUCAAUGAAACCGAUAUUCAAUUUGGAGGACAAACAAUCAAAGUUCAAAAGUCAUCAAUCAAAUAUACUUUGGAUAUUUCAUCGUAUUCAUUCCUCAUGAAGACAAAUUAUCUCCAGAUUGUGAUGAGUGCAUUGAUUCAGAAUUCAAACGGUGAUUCAUGCUCGUCGAAACAACUUGGUUCAAAUGGUGACAAUGUUGCAUGGAUCAAGAUGAAUAUCGACAAAACAAGUUUAUAUGGAAGAUUCUUAUCGUUUGCAAUGGUGGAUGAUAGAUUCACAAAUAUCACAAACAACAUUGUCGACAAUGAAAACAGUACCACAAACAACAACACAACAGACACAUCGCAAUUCAGAGAGAUCAGUGUUGGAAUCACCAUUCCAAACUAUGAUCGUAAUGUUAAAAUUGAUCCUGAUUUUUCGAAUCUUAUCGAUGUCGAUGGUGAUUCAACCAACGAACUUUGUUCAUCAAAAUCCAAAAAGCUCAGUAAUGGUGCUAUUGCUGGAAUUGUAGUUGGUGCUGUUGUUUUCAUUACUUUGAUUGUAGGAACUUCAAUGCUGCUAUACAAAAGAAAAAAGACGAGAUCCCAGAAUAGAGCAAUCGAAAAUAAACUAAAAGCAAUGGAUAAAAAUUAA